AUGUCGCUUGUCCCCUACCAUCCGCGCGAGGGCCGAGAAGUGGUGCUACGACACCAUAAUGCCAUUGUCGUCCGCGACCCCUCAUCACAGCGACUUGAGAUUCGAGGCCUUCAGCUGACCGAGUGUCCGACUUGCCACCAACCCUUACGUUCUCCAUCACCCAACUCGCACUUCGAAAGCCCCGACCAUGACGAGACAUAUGUCGACCCAGGAUAUUUCCGCAUGCUGCGUGCCGGCCACCACGGCCAAAGCCCCUCCCCAUCGCGUCCACCUUCGAGUCCCGUGCGCCGACUGGUUGAGCCGCUGCCGGGGGGCACCCACGACCAUGUCGACGAUGCCGAGUUCGUGAGCAGCUCGCCAGCCCCUCAGGGAAGCAGCCGGAUCCGACGGGAGGCAUUUAGUCCAAACUAUUUCAACACCUUCUUCAUUGAAGAGAGGGAGCUUGGCAGAGGCGGCAAAGGGGUGGUGAUGCUGGUCAGGCAUGAGAUCGAUGGGUGCCACUUGGGGCAUUUCGCCUGCAAGCGCGUUCCGGUGGGAGACGAUCACGCCUGGUUGGAGAAAGUCCUAGUCGAAGUCGAGCUGUUGGCGAAGCUGUCGCACCCCAAUCUAGUCUCUUAUCGCCAUGUAUGGUUGGAGGACGUCAAGCUCAAUCGCUUCGGCCCCAGCGUCGUGUGUGCCUUCAUUCUUCAGCAAUACUGCAACGGCGGCGACCUGCAGCGCUACGUCGUUGGCGAUACGCCGAAACUGACAACCAAGGAGGAGCUCAAGGCCCAGAUGCGCCGCAGAUCCAAGGGGCAGGCCGAGCGGCCGCAGGUACAAAGGAGGCUGCACCCUGAAGAGAUCUACUCGCUCUUCAAGGAUGUCACCUCCGGCUUGGCCUACUUACACGCAGCAAACUACAUCCACCGAGACCUCAAGCCGAGCAACUGCCUGCUCAACCGCGAAGGCACCAAGCUAACCUGUCUGAUCAGCGAUUUCGGUGAAGUGCAGCCAGAGCAUGUAGUCCGCAAAUCGACGGGAUCGACAGGCACAAUCUCGUACUGUGCGCCCGAAGUCCUGAAAAAGGAUGCCAGCGGACGAUACGGCAACUUCACUACGAAAUCCGAUGUCUUUUCCCUGGGCAUGAUUUUGUAUUUCAUGUGCUUUGGGCGUCUGCCCUAUCGCAAUGCCAAUGCGGUCAAUGAGGAACUCGAAGACAUUGACCAGCUGCGUGCCGAGAUCACGGACUGGAAAGGCUUUGAGGACGAGCGGAGAGAGCGACCAGAGCUCCCCUCAAAGCUGUACCAGCUCCUCAAAAAGUUACUCUCCGUCAACCCAGCAGAACGACCCACGGCCGGCGAGGUUCUGAGCGCCAUGGGCGGGCCUAACCUGGACGGCGUGAUGCGAGCAUCGGGCAGUUCCAGUCCACCCGUCAUCAUCCGCGGACAAAGAAUCCAGAACCUCGACUCGCCGAUGCCCCCCAGCUCCCCAGUUCCAGGUUGGUCCUCUUUGACCCUCCCCGACACUACUAAUCCCCCGUCCACUCACGCUUCAGUCCCAUCCCCAGACCCCUCCAAACACGCCCGCGUCAACGGCUCCCCAGAA